GGUUAGUGGUUUGUUCUUGUGCAUUGUGUAGAAUUGGUCUCUUCAGAUACAUUUUCAAGAUAACAUGAAGUACGCAGUUAUUCUCUUCUUUGUGAUGGGGGCCGUUAUGGCAGCCCCUGCAGAAGAAGAUGCCCUACAAGAAUUCAUCAGAGGAAACCGCAAAUUCACUGCUGGAGUCUACAAGGAACUAAUCAAAACCCACAAGGGCAACAUCAUAAUGAGCCCCUUCUCUGCUGAAACAGUCCUGGCCCUGACCACAGAGGGCGCCAGGGGCGAUACGGCCCUGGAAAUGUCCAAGGGGCUCUCCCUGCCUAGCACCAAUGAGCGUACGCAGCAGGCUUUCAAGACCUUCCUGCCGCAGCUAACAGCUUCGGAGGAGGAACUCAAGCUGCUGUCCGCCAACAGGAUUUACGUUGGAGAGGGGGUGAAGCUGGAAGAGAAGUUCAGGAAUAUUGCUGAGAACAUUUACAAAUCAGGAGUCGAAAACGUGAACUUUGCGGAGAACGUCGCAGCAGCAUCGACCAUCAACAGGUGGGUGGAGGAUCAGACCAACAACAGGAUCAGCGAUCUGAUCAAAUCCGACUCGAUCGACUCCGACACCAAGAUGGUGCUGGUGAACGCCCUGUAUUUCAGCGGCGAGUGGGUGAACCAGUUCGAGGAUUACGCCACCACGAAGAAGGACUUCUACAGGUCCAAGGAUGAUUCCGUUAAAGUCGACAUGAUGGCUCAGACCGAGUACUUCAGGUACUACGAGAAUCCGACUUUGAACGCCAAAUUCUUGGAGCUGCCUUACAAAGGAAGGAACAUCAGUAUGGUGAUUGCCCUGCCCAACGAAAGAAAUGGUUUGGCUGCCUUGGAGCAAAACAUCGAGGCCGUUUUGGAACCCCAACCUUUCAAAAGCGAGAGGGUAGAAGUUCAGAUGCCAAGAUUCACUAUCGAGAGCGAAAUCAAAUUUGUCCCUAUUUUGCAAAACUUGGGAGUCAAUAAACUCUUUGGUAGAGAAGCCGAUUUAUCUGGCUUGUCAUCUACUGACAAGAAUUUGUAUGUUUCUGAUGUCAUCCAAAAGGCCUUCAUCAACGUCACUGAAACCGGUACUGAAGCUGCAGCUGCCACAGCAGUGAUGACAAACUAUCAAUCUGCUAUUGUUUACUAUGGACCACCACCCUCAGUGUUUCAUGCUAAUCAUUCCUUUGUUUUUUCCAUAGUAACGAACAAUGUGGUGAUCUUCUCUGGCCGUAUACAGGGAGAUUUCAAGUUGAAUCACUGAUUUUCUGAUUUUUCUGUGUAUUUCAAUGAUAUGAUUCUUGCAUUGUCUUGAAUAUGUUCAUGUUGGAAUAAAAUUAUUUUCUAAUC